UGGAGCAUGAAACAAUAGUUGGUCGGUGUAGCAACGGAGAGGAAGUGAACGAAAGUAGUGGAUAAACGCAAGUUGCUUGUUGCUUGUUGCUUUUUUGUUUUUUGCAUCUUCUACCACAUCUCUUUUAUAUGAUCGGUUAUAUCAGUUGUAUAAUUUCGUCAAUAAUACUUGUGGAAGCGAUUCCCUGCUAUUUUGCUUGCAAGUGAGCUUCAAGUUGAGUGAGAUGACGGUAUAGUGUUCGCAUCGGAGCGUUUGCUUUCUUCAAUUAUACGCCAUCGUUGGUUCAUAUUGAUUUAAUUACAUACGUUGUUGAUAUUUUGGUUCUUGCUUUGAUUUUUUUCAUUGACUGAACUUUCUUUCUGUAACUUGGUUUUUUUUUUUCCUUUUCUUUUCUUUAUUAAGUAUUACUUUUCAAGUAUUGUUCUUUUAACUUAAGAACAUCAAAAUAUCAUUUUGUGAAAAAAAAAAAAGAAAAAAGAAAGAAAAGAGAAAAAGGCGAAAAUAAAAAGAUACGAAAGAUAGCACAAAACGUAUAUAGUGAAUUGGAAUAGUUCAACUGUGAAACUAAACAAAAAACACAGAGAAAAAUAACAAACAAUUCUUUAACUAUCACAACUUCGAGCAACAGCGUCUAUAUAUGGGUGCAGCAGUUACGAUAAACAGUAUCAACAACUUCAGCGCCAGUUCUUUACUUUUUACAGUCAAUUAUUUGCGAUAAAUCAACAGUCUCAACUGGAAACCGAAGCUGAAAACCUGAAGUCUGUGGUCUUUUAACAGACAUACAACCUAUUGUUGCAAAGUUUUUAACUUACUGUUGAAAUAUUAUUGCUGAUCUACCGUUUUAAGGAGUUACCUUAAAACAUAACUCAAGCAGAAAAAUGUUUUCACACAUGGAAGGAGUCGACAAAUUCUGCCGUCUGACUUAUCGAGACUUUUGGAGGUUACUCCUAUUUUUUCUAGCAUUUCAUAUCAGUUUUGUGGAUGCGGGUCACAAACAAAAAAACCUUUAUACAUACCCACAAAAUAAUUCUGACUGCCCGAGGACAUUGGUUGAAGUAAAUGCAGGUCACCUGGGUGUGAAGGCAGUACUUGCAAAACAUGAAAGUGCAUUGCUCAUGUUACUUGGCUUCGGGGGAUUCUCUGUUAUCUUAGCAAUCUUAUAUAAUGCCGUACGAAAAUACAUCUACCACGAUGAACACAACUUGGACACAACUUUUGAUGCCGGUGGCAAUGUAAGUCUUAGUUUAACUGCUGUUACCGUGGCAUCGCAGUUAUUUUGGCCUGGAGACAUCUUACAGAGUGCGACACUUGCUACAAAGAAUGGAAUAGCUGGACCAUUCUGGUAUGCUGUCGGUGUCAUGAUAAACAUACUAAUUUUCCCCAUCCUUUCUGUACAUUUCAAGACACGUGCACCAGGAGCAAAAACAUAUCUUCAAGUGAUGUAUGCCAGAUACGGCCGUGCUGCCCACGCAGUGUUUUGCGUUUUUGCUUUAAUGACAAAUCUGAUCAUCACGAUUGGUGUCAUUUUGGCUGGUCAAGCAACAAUCAAGUCCCUGACGAAGGAUGCUUCUGAUGAGUUUUCAAUAAUCAUCAUGGCUACACUGUUUGGUUCUUAUUCUCUCAUAGGAGGACUAGGUACAACAUUCUAUGUAUCCUACUUCAACGCCUGCCUGGUCUUCGUGCUGCUUAUCAUAUUUGUAGCGAAGAUCUUCUUUGUGAGUGAUGAAAGAUACUCGGCCAUUGGUAGCAUGGAGACUAUGUAUGAUGCAAUCAUAUGCUUAAAGGGUCCUGAAGCCAACGAACAAAACAGCUUUUUAACGUUUCGGUCGUCUGUGGCUCUUUUAUACGGUGUCAUUGAAAUUUUUGUCUCGUCUGCCGUAACUUUCUGCGACCAGGCCUCUUGGCAAAGUCGUAUCGCCGCUAAACCUGCCCAAGGAGUAUGGGGAUUUAUAUUAGCUGGUUUUAUGUGGUUCUCCGUCCCAGCCUGUAUGGCUACAACCACCGGAAUGGCUUAUCUCGCGCUCAGCUCAAAAAAUGGAACGCAUAUGCUUUCAGUUGCCGAAAUUGAUGAAGGUCUCGUGACGCCAAUGAUUGCAGAAAAAAUCCUUGGAGAAGCCGGAGGCAUCAUGAUUCUAACCAUGGGGUCGAUGGCUCUUAUGUCCACAGGUUCCGGUGAAGUUAUGGCAGUAUCUUCUAUUAUCGUGUACGAUAUUUACCAAACUUACAUUAAGCCAUUCAGGAGAAACCUUAAGCGGAACCAAUGCGUUCUGUGCGGGAAGACCAAGGUGAAAAUGGAAACAAACGGUGAUCUGUGCGACCAAAACGGAAGUGGAAGUGGUGGCGGCGGCGGAAGUAGUACAACAGCUCGGGGUGACAAUCUGAAUUGUAAAUGCUUAACGGUUUCUGCCUGUCCACGUUGUAAAGAUGAUCUGGAAGCACGUAAUGCUCGGGCUAAGAAAGAACCAACUCGUUUUCGGUACCAAUGCCCUACUCAUGGUUCUUAUCGCGAAUAUCAAGAUGAUUUAAUAGCCUUCAAAAACUGGUGCAUUGUAUGGGUGACCAUAAGCAUCAUACCUCUUGGUCUGAUGGUGUUUAUGUCUGGUAUCAACCUUAACUGGAUAUUUUAUGUUGGCGCUAUUCUUACAAUUCCUUACUUUCCUCCAGUACUUUUGUCAAUCCUAUGGGUGAAAGCCACUGGAAAAGGCCUCAUAGCCGGAAGUAUGAUGGGAUUAUUAUGUGGAACCAUUGUCACAUUAGGAGUAGCUUCUACUUACCCUGGAGGUCUUGGAAAUUUCUUGAUCAACACAGUUCAAGACAAUGUCUUGUUGGCUGGCACAAUAACAAGUUUUGCAGUCAGUUUGAUCUUUUGUGUGGUAACAUCGCUACUGACACAUCAGAUCGUUUCAAAAGAAGCCAAAGAGGCGGAAUGGCAAAAAUUGUUUAACAUUGAUAAUCCUUUAAAUCCUUGGGAACAAAACUACAGAGAAGAACUUGCUGGUAUGGAAUAUAACGAAAGACCGACAUCUCAGCAAAUGAACCAGGCUUUCCGAUCUGCCAAAUUAACAGCUUAUAUAGGUGGAACUUCCUGUAUUUUUAUUUUCGCAGUAGUUAUCCCAGGCAUUAUGGCGAGUUUUUCAGUGAUGAAUGAAACACAGUUUAAAAUCUGGGUAAGUUUCACGCAAUUGUGGGUUCUCGUAAUGGCUGUCAUAGUUAUUUUUCUACCACCUUUUGAAGAGGUGUCAAGAAUUAUGCGGCAGUACAAACUAAACAAGAGUAUUUCAUUGAAAGAAAAUUUUAUAGAAAUGAAAGACAAUUACUAUCCGUUGGAUGAUCAGGGAGCAGCCAAAGUAUAAAGGUUGGAAAUUAUAUUAACUUAGUCUUACGAGCGACCACUAAAUCUACAGGAUGAAAACGCUCUAUGAAACAACAAAGGGGGUAACGAACGAAGAGAUUUCUCAUGGUAAAACCAGGACUUGAAGAGAAAAAUGCGAAGGCUGCGAAAUAUUAGCGGUAGAUACAGAAAAAUCUUCAUCUAAACUUUUACACAACCAAUCUUGCAUAAUUUAUAGACAUACUACGAGUACGUUUUCGUGUUCUUGUUCAUCAAGUUCGUAUUUUCCAUAAAAUAACAAUAUUUGUUGUUUUGAUUGGUAGCUAACUAAAACAGAAAAUAAAAUGUAAAAAAAAAAAUAAAUACCAAGAGGUAAAACAAAGGUAUAUUGGUGUUUAGUUUGAAAAUACUGACUGACAUUGUAACAAUCUCUAGUCUUGUUAAAAUUGUCAUUUGGAUUCAGUCGAAAAGCAGCUGUAUUGUAAAUAGGAAAAGAAAACGUGUAAAAACGAUGAUAUUGUCUGAUGAUUCUGAAGUAGUAAUUUUAAAUGCAUGUUGAAUUAGAAAUACACGUUGAACGGAUUCAGUAGAUGCAUUCAGUUGAUGUACUUUUUGUAGUCAGAAAGGAACAAUUGCACACAAGCACAAAGGCAAUGGAUAUAGCGCGCCGGCCGAUGAACACAUUGUGAAAUGUAGACAUCUGAAAGGAUUAUACUGUAUACAUAUGUAAAAGUUUCAGAUAUCAUUUUCUCACCUGUUCAGUGUAAUAAAUAAAAUGGUAAACAUUUUCA